AUGGGGAAAGUGAUACGCGUACACCCACGAAAGAUCAACCCAAUCAAGGGGCACCCCCUAACGGUUAAACUUCCCCCAGCGCCAGCACCCUUCCCCCGCCUUUCCUCUCCUUCCUGCCCGUUCCCUCACCUGCACGAUGCCCUCUCUUCUCACCUGCACGAUGCCCUCUCUUCUCACCUGCACGAUGCCCUCUCUUCUCACCUGCACGAUGCCCUCUCUUCUCACCUGCACGAUUCCCUCUCUUCUCACCUGCACGAUUCCCUCUCUUCUCACCUGCACGAUGCCCUCUCUUCUCACCUGCACGAUGCCCUCUCUUCUCACCUGCACGAUGCCCUCUCUUCUCACCUGCACGAUGCCCUCUCUUCUCACCUGCACGAUGCCCUCUCUUCUCACCUGCACGAUGCCCUCUCUUCUCACCUGCACGAUUCCCUCUCUUCUCACCUGCACGAUGCCCUCUCUUCUCACCUGCACGAUGCCCUCUCUUCUCACCUGCACGAUGCCCUCUCUUCUCACCUGCACGAUUCCCUCUCUUCUCACCUGCACGAUGCCCUCUCUUCUCACCUGCACGAUGCCCUCUCUUCUCACCUGCACGAUGCCCUCUCUUCUCACCUGCACGAUUCCCUCACUUCUCACCUGCACGAUUCCCUCUCUUCUCACCUGCACGAUUCCCUCUCUUCUCACCUGCACGAUGCCCUCUCUUCUCACCUGCACGAUUCCCUCUCUUCUCACCUGCACGAUUCCCUCUCUUCUCACCUGCACGAUGCCCUCUCUUCUCACCUGCACGAUGCCCUCUCUUCUCACCUGCACGAUGCCCUCUCUUCUCACCUGCACGAUUCCCUCUCUUCUCACCUGCACGAUGCCCUCUCUUCUCACCUGCACGAUUCCCUCUCUUCUCACCUGCACGAUUCCCUCUCUUCUCACCUGCACGAUUCCCUCUCUUCUCACCUGCACGAUGCCCUCUCUUCUCACCUGCACGAUGCCCUCUCUUCUCACCUGCACGAUGCCCUCUCUUCUCACCUGCACGAUUCCCUCACUUCUCACCUGCACGAUUCCCUCUCUUCUCACCUGCACGAUUCCCUCUCUUCUCACCUGCACGAUGCCCUCUCUUCUCACCUGCACGAUGCCCUCUCUUCUCACCUGCACGAUUCCCUCUCUUCUCACCUGCACGAUUCCCUCUCUUCUCACCUGCACGAUGCCCUCUCUUCUCACCUGCACGAUGCCCUCUCUUCUCACCUGCACGAUGCCCUCUCUUCUCACCUGCACGAUGCCCUCUCUUCUCACCUGCACGAUGCCCUCUCUUCUCACCUGCACGAUGCCCUCUCUUCUCACCUGCACGAUUCCCUCUCUUCUCACCUGCACGAUGCCCUCUCUUCUCACCUGCACGAUGCCCUCUCUUCUCACCUGCACGAUGCCCUCUCUUCUCACCUGCACGAUUCCCUCUCUUCUCACCUGCACGAUGCCCUCUCUUCUCACCUGCACGAUGCCCUCUCUUCUCACCUGCACGAUGCCCUCUCUUCUCACCUGCACGAUUCCCUCACUUCUCACCUGCACGAUUCCCUCUCUUCUCACCUGCACGAUUCCCUCUCUUCUCACCUGCACGAUGCCCUCUCUUCUCACCUGCACGAUUCCCUCUCUUCUCACCUGCACGAUUCCCUCUCUUCUCACCUGCACGAUGCCCUCUCUUCUCACCUGCACGAUGCCCUCUCUUCUCACCUGCACGAUGCCCUCUCUUCUCACCUGCACGAUUCCCUCUCUUCUCACCUGCACGAUGCCCUCUCUUCUCACCUGCACGAUUCCCUCUCUUCUCACCUGCACGAUUCCCUCUCUUCUCACCUGCACGAUUCCCUCUCUUCUCACCUGCACGAUGCCCUCUCUUCUCACCUGCACGAUGCCCUCUCUUCUCACCUGCACGAUGCCCUCUCUUCUCACCUGCACGAUUCCCUCACUUCUCACCUGCACGAUUCCCUCUCUUCUCACCUGCACGAUUCCCUCUCUUCUCACCUGCACGAUGCCCUCUCUUCUCACCUGCACGAUGCCCUCUCUUCUCACCUGCACGAUUCCCUCUCUUCUCACCUGCACGAUUCCCUCUCUUCUCACCUGCACGAUUCCCUCUCUUCUCACCUGCACGAUGCCCUCUCUUCUCACCUGCACGAUGCCCUCUCUUCUCACCUGCACGAUGCCCUCUCUUCUCACCUGCACGAUUCCCUCACUUCUCACCUGCACGAUUCCCUCUCUUCUCACCUGCACGAUUCCCUCUCUUCUCACCUGCACGAUGCCCUCUCUUCUCACCUGCACGAUGCCCUCUCUUCUCACCUGCACGAUGCCCUCUCUUCUCACCUGCACGAUUCCCUCUCUUCUCACCUGCACGAUGCCCUCUCUUCUCACCUGCACGAUUCCCUCUCUUCUCACCUGCACGAUUCCCUCUCUUCUCACCUGCACGAUGCCCUCUCUUCUCACCUGCACGAUGCCCUCUCUUCUCACCUGCACGAUGCCCUCUCUUCUCACCUGCACGAUGCCCUCUCUUCUCACCUGCACGAUGCCCUCUCUUCUCACCUGCACGAUGCCCUCUCUUCUCACCUGCACGAUGCCCGCGACGCUGGGCGGCCAGCCGUUGGAUGCGGAGAGGGGAAGGAUGGCAACGGACAUGAUCACGCGGCCGGCGCGGCGUGCGCCAAACUAAGACACCCGGCUGAGAGCGCGUUUCCCGGGACAGCUGGCAUGACGGCUACCAUAGGGAUUGCCGCGUCGAGAUGGGAACAGUAA